AUGUCAGUGCACGAACCUAGUUUCCGCCAUUUGGUGAACCAAAUUCUGGAAACCUCGCCACCUGGGGCCUCGCUCUCUCCGUCCGGCUUUUCUAUCAUCACUGCAGUCUGCGCUAAGGUUUGUCUAUUCAUGCCUUCGGACCUCUUUCCCCUUGGAGAAUGUCUCGGAGACGUUUUCCUCAAGGCCUCGCGCAGCUGUCUUGCCAGCUAUCUCGAUGCCGACCUCGAGAAUCCCUGUGCCGAUUCUAUCACUAUUCGAUACCUCCACUCCAACUGCCUCCACAUCAGCGCACGGCCAAAGGUAGCAUGGCAUUCCUUCGGGGAGGCGGUUCGAUUGAUACUGCAAAUGCGCCUCUAUGAUGAAGAUUCGUAUGCCGCACUACCGUUGAUCGAAGAAGAGAAGCGUCGAAAUGCCUUUUGGCAGCUCUAUACCGGUGACAAGUCGUUGGCCGUGCUCCGGUCUAUGCCAAUCACAAUCCAUGAGUACACGUUUGAGCAGGGCAUUACGACUGCCUAUCCAUCAUGCGACCAGAACAAGUUGAUCACAGGCUUUAACGCUGGCACAAAACUUUGGAGAUACGCAGCAGACCUAUUACUACAGAUGAGAAUGAUAAGCACAAGCCAGGCUCUCGGUCCAGGCUUGCCGCACACAUCUCUGACGCCACUUGACUAUACGACUCUCGGUGAUCUCUACGUUCGAUUUGCGACCUGUCUUGACGAUCUGCUACCUCAUCUUCUCCCGGAUGGUAUUACGCCACUUUCUGGAAGCAAUGGAACUACCGCGAAUAACGGAUUCACCGUCCAGGUAGCAGAUCUCCACGUAACAUAUCACUGUUUGAGAAUGCACCUUACGAUGGCGCUCGAGAAGAUCGGAUUCUUUUCCUACACAGGACAUCCAAACGACAUGCUUGUGCUCCGAAAGACAGAAAUUGCGGGAGACAUGGUCCGUCUCCUACAGAGACUACCGUUCUGGUCCUUACAGGUCAACGGGGAACCGUGCACGGAAAAGAUUCGGCUGGUCGGUACGAGCUUGCUCGCCAUAAUACAAGAGCCGUCGUCUUCGCAUCUGGGGACAAGAGCUCGUCGCGAUUUCGCAGUGCUCCUCGAUAUCUUGUCACAGCUUGAUUCUAAAGCGUCGGAUACUUUGCGGCGAGAGCUCUUAUAA